AUGUCGUCGAAUGCUACUACUCCGGGUGGUGAGGCCUCAACGACUCCCGCCGCGACACCGGGCAGUUCCGCACCCGCGGAAACGAGUGCCGCCGCUGUCACCACUACUCCUCCGGCGGAAACCUCGCAGGCAGCGGCUCCUACCACUGCGCAACAAUCGACGACUCCCCAAACUUCGGCGGCAGCGGCGUCUACUACACCUCCACCCCCGCCACCGACAACUUCCCAGGCAGCAGCAGCACCAACUACUUCGCCGCCGCAGGAAACCCCGACUCCGACAACUCAACCGACUGAGACUCCGCAGCAACCGCAAACGACUCUCGUCGCAACUACAGUCAUCAUCACGCCAACCGAAGCAGGAGGUCAGACGAGUACCAUAUUCACCGUCAUCACUCAGACCAAGGGCGUUACACAGAGCGGAACCGCUGCCAGCUCGUCUGCUUCUGCAACAGCCUCGGGCGGUGCCAUCAACUCUGGUGGCAAGUCAAACAGUGGACUUGGCAAUGGGGGCACUAUCGCGGUUGCCGUUGUCGUGCCCAUUGCUGCUGUUGCCCUGCUCAUCUUGGCUGGCCUAUACUUCUGGAGGAAGAGAAAGCAGCGCAAGGAGGCCGAGGAGGAGCGACGAAAGGAGGUCGAGGACUACGCCUACAACCCGAACGCUGAUCCCACCAUCCCGUCUCUUGGCGAUGGCGGUUCGUACGAAAUGAAGGAAGAUGCAGGCUCAUCCGGAUACCGUGGCUGGGGUUCCACCACUCUCGCUGGCUCGACCGGACGUAAGGCGUCCACGACCAUGUCCGGAGGCAACACAGGUGCGGCAUACUCGGACACAACUUCACCAAGCCACGGAGGAACUGACACCCGUUCAGGAGAGCCUUUGAUUAACGAGGGCUCACACUCACCCGAUGGCGAGAUCCUCGGCGCCAUGGGCCCUUCAGCAUCCAUGAACCGCGGAGGCGGUGUCCAACGUGGACCUUCCAAUGCGUCAUCCUCCUACAGCGCCGGAAAUCACUCAGAUACCUCUGACGGAAUCGGCAUGGCGUACGGCGGCAGCGGUAGCAACGGUAACGGUAACGGCAACGGCAACACCAACGGUAAUGGCAACGGCAAUGGUUACUACGACCAGUACGCCAACAAUCCGUACUCUGACAGCUCUUACCCCAACCCAGCGACUGAGCUACCUGGCCAACCGGUCAUUCGCGACAACCCAGCCCGUCGCAACACUCGGAUCGAGAACCCUUCGCACUACCCUCAACAACAAAACGCUGGCAUUUCCCAGAACUUUUAG